AUGUCUUAAGUGAUAUUUUAAUAAAAUGAGAUUGCUUAUUUAAGGCUGAUAGAUGAAUUUAAUACUGCUUAUUAAUAAUAUUCUCUUACUUAAUCUAAAGUGGGUACAUUAGAGAAGUUAAAAUCAAAGUUACAAUAAGCAGAAUAGAAAGUAUAAAUAGUUAUCUAUGAUUUAGUUGAAAUUUAUGUAAAUCGAAUUUAAAUCAUGUGAAUCUACUUUAAAAGCUGAAUUAACACCAAAAAUGAAGCAACAUUAAAUGAGCUAUGUAAACUCUUAGUAAAAAUUAAAAUCUAUUGAAUAAUCAAAAAUUUAAGAGCAGAUUUAACCAUCCUUCGAUUUAGACACCAGAAAGAGAAUAGAAAAUAAUACUAAUUAAUUAGAAUCACAAACCAAUCAAUUAGAAAAUUAUAACAAAACAUUAACAAAUACUGUUGAAUUGUAGGAUGGAAUAAUGGGCGAUCUUAAAAAAUAAAAGGAAAAACUAUUGGCUGCUCAUGAAGAUGUAUCAUAAAGUUGAAAUUAUUAAGACAAAUGUAAUUCGUUCUGAUGUUAAAGAGACUGGAAGAUAUGUUAGACUUAUGUCGAACAGAGAGCUUUUCAGCAAAAUGAUUAAAUUAGGAUUGAUUGGUGUCUUAGCAAUUGGGAAUAUACUUUUGAUAUACUAUAAAAUAUGA